GGUGGGCUUCGGUUUCUGAGCAGCUGACGCUCGUAGCUGUCAAGCAAAGUGGAGAGGAGGAGCGCCGUGGGUCCGCUUGAAGAGACAACUUAGCCAGAACCCACGAAGCAAAUGUCCUGCUCUGUUUUCGUGGAUAAAAGGGUCUGGGACGGUUGGACGGCAAUAACUCAGCAUCGUUCGAGCAAACGCGGGAGAGAGUGUUGAGUGUAGUUAAUCCUAGGUCGAAGACUGAGAACUGGCAGAGAUCACGGCAGUGGGUGGAUUGUGUUGUUUCAACACUUCUCAGGUGAUUACGAAGGCGGAGCCUAAAAGAUUCGAUAUGUGGGGCGUCUUCCUCGAGCUCUUUUAUUGCCUUUGUAGGCUAUGCUCCUCCAAUUCUCUCGAGAUGGAAAGAAAUGAACCCACUCAUUCAGAAGAUCCGAAUUCCGGGGCUUCUUCCUCAUGGUCCUCUCCACUUGUAGGUGAUUAUGAAGGCGGAACUAAAAAGACAGAAGGAAAUGAUUACGAAGUGUUCUUGAGCUUUAGAGGGAAGGAUACUCGUAAAGGCUUCACUGAUUAUCUCUAUACCAGUCUUGUUGAUGCAAGAGUUCAUGUGUUCAGAGACGACAAUGAGCUCCGUGUUGGUGAGGAGAUUGGACCGGAACUUCUCCGCAGUAUUACACAAUCUAAGAUCUCCAUCCCAAUUAUCUCAGAGGACUACGCUUCCAGUAAAUGGUGCCUUCAUGAGCUGGCUCAUAUGUUGAAGUGUAAGAGAAAUGAAGGGCAAAUAGUUUUGCCCAUAUUUUACAAAGUGGAACCCUCACAAUUGCGAAAUCCUAGUGGUAGAUUAAGAGGUGCUAUCAAUGCAUAUAAAAAGAAAUUGGGCAAAAUUGUUGCAGAGGAAUGGGAACAAGCGCUUAAGGAAGUUAGUUGCUUAAAAGGAUGGGAAUCGGAAAGAGUUGAAAACGGGCAUGAAGGGGCAUUGGUUAAAAUUGUUGUCGGAAAAGUUAUGAGCGAGUUGAAAAGACUUUUUCAGCUAAAUGUUCCUGAACUAUUGGUGGGAAUUGAUGAUCCAGCUGAACAUAUCAUGAGCAAGAUAGAUGAUACAUUCAAUGGAACAUGGAUUAUUGGAAUUUAUGGAAUGGGCGGCAUUGGUAAGACAACUCUUGCAAAGGUAUUAUACAACAAACUCUCUAGUUGUUUUGAGGAUCGUAGCUUUGUGGCAAAUAUUCGAGAGACAUCUGAACGUAAGGGCAUUGAAUGCCUACAAAAGCAGCUCAUUUCUGACAUGAUAAGAAAAUCGUUUGAUGUGUCUAAUGUUGACGAGGGAAUCGGUGUCAUCAAAUCUCGAUUUACAAGUAAGAAAAUUCUCGUUCUUCUUGAUGACAUGGAUGAUAUUGCUCACUUGAAUGCUUUGUUUGGAGACCAUAGUUGGUUUAAAGCAGGAAGUAUAGUCAUCAUAACAACUAGAAACAAGAGUAUUCUUGACAAGGCUAGGGCAAACCACAUGUACCCACUCAACGAGUUGCCUUUGGAUAAAUCAUUGAUUUUAUUUAGUAGACAUGCAUUUCGAAAGGAUUCUCCUCGGAGUGAUUAUGAGGUUAUCUCUAGUGAUGUUGUAUCUACUACUGGAGGGCUACCCUUAGCUCUUGAAAUUAUAGGUUCAUUUUUAUGUGGACAAAAAAAAGAAGUAUGGGAAGAUACAUUAAAGAAAUUAAAGCAAGUGCCUGAUAAGAAAGUGCAACAGACGUUGAGGAUAAGUUACGAUGCAUUAGAGUAUGAGGAGCAACAGAUUUUUUUGGAUAUAGCAUGUGUCUUUAUUGGAACACAUAAAAAAGUCCGACUCAUAUGUGGGAUGCGUGUGAUUUUUUUCCGAAGAAGGGGAUUGAAGUAUUGAGUCUUAUGUCCCUAAUUAAAAUU